AUGGGCGUCAUUCGUACAGUCAUGAGGGCGGGCGUAGGCGCCACCCCAAAGCGCGGGCAGACAAUCACUGUGCACUGCACCGGGUACUUAGCGGAUGGGAAGAAGAAGUUUUGGUCCACCCGCGAUGACAACAACCCGUUCUCCUUCAAUGUGGGCGUCGGCCAGGUGAUUCGCGGCUGGGAUGAGGGCAUGUUGCAGAUGCAGCUCGGGGAGACGGCAGAGUUGCUCAUGACAGCUGACUACGCCUACGGUGAUCGCGGCUUUCCUGCCUGGGGCAUCCCGUCAAACGCCGCCCUGCUGUUCGAGAUUGAGCUGCUGAAAAUCCAGUAG